AUGGUGCUGCUGCUGGUCAUCCUCAUCCCGGUGCUGGUGAGCUCGGCCGGCACGUCGGCGCACUACGAGAUGCUGGGCACCUGCCGCAUGGUCUGCGACCCCUAUGGGGGCACGAAGGCGCCCAGCACCGCCGCCACGCCCGACCGCGGCCUCAUGCAGUCCCUGCCCACCUUCAUCCAGGGCCCCAAAGGCGAGGCCGGCAGGCCGGGGAAGGCGGGCCCGCGUGGGCCCCCCGGUGAGCCCGGGCCGCCGGGUCCCGUGGGCCCUCCGGGCGAGAAGGGCGAGCCCGGCCGCCAAGGCCUGCCGGGCCCGCCCGGGGCGCCCGGCCUGAACGCGGCCGGGGCCAUCAGUGCCGCCACUUACAGCACAGUGCCCAAGAUCGCCUUCUACGCCGGCCUCAAGAGGCAGCACGAAGGCUACGAGGUGCUCAAGUUCGACGACGUGGUUACCAACCUCGGUAACCACUACGAUCCCACCACGGGCAAGUUCACCUGCUCUAUCCCGGGCAUCUACUUCUUCACCUACCACGUCCUGAUGCGCGGAGGGGACGGCACCAGCAUGUGGGCUGAUCUCUGCAAAAACAACCAGGUGCGAGCCAGCGCCAUCGCCCAAGACGCUGAUCAGAAUUACGACUACGCCAGCAACAGCGUUGUUCUUCAUUUGGAGCCAGGAGACGAAGUGUACAUCAAAUUAGAUGGCGGGAAAGCCCACGGAGGGAAUAACAACAAAUACAGCACGUUUUCUGGAUUUAUUAUUUACGCUGACUGAUAACGCAGAAACUAAGCUUAUUAUUCUGAGUUUGGACACUGGAUUCGGAUGGCUAACGUCAGUGACUCAAGGAUCCCAGGGGAUGCCGGUUGCGGGGCACCUCGAUUGUGUAUAUGUGGGGAAUUCAAAUGCUACCUGACUCACAUCUGUAUACUCAGAAACAUUAU